AUGGUUCAAGAAAAGGGUGAGCCUAUAUAUGGAGAUGGGGUUGCAUGGUUUAGGGGUGCAAUGAUAGGAAAAGGGAGUUUUGGUCGUGUUUAUUUGGCUACUUUGAAGAAUCCCAAAUCAAAAUACAGCUGUUUGCCGUCUGUGAUGGCUGUAAAAUCGGCAGAGGUUUCGGUUUCUGGUUCAAUUCAGAAGGAGAGGGAGGUUUUGAGCAAUGUCAAGGGAUGCCCUAAUAUAAUUAGGUGUUUUGGUGAAGAGACAACAAUGGGAGAGAAUGGUGUGAUGGCGUAUAAUCUGCUUUUAGAGUAUGGUUCUGGUGGAACAUUAGCUGAUAGAAUCAAGAAAUUGGGCGGCAAAGGAUUGUCUGAAUCCGAAGUUAGGGUAUAUGCGAGGUCUAUACUUCAAGGGUUAAAUCAUAUUCAUGGCAUUGGUUACGUUCAUUGUGAUUUAAAACCCGAUAAUAUUUUACUUGUUCAUAGUGGUCGAAGAACCAGGGUUUCUGAGUUUAGGGCAAAAAUCGGCGAUUUUGGGUUGGCGAAGAGGGCGCAGGGGAACAAGAAGAGGAAACUGGAGCCUUAUUGGAGGGGUACUCCGCGGUACUUGGCUCCCGAGGCUGUAGUGGAUAAUGUGCAAGAGUUUCCCUCUGAUAUUUGGGCAUUUGGGUGUAUUGUUCUUGAGAUGUUAACUGGGAAACCUCCUUGGGAUGGGGAAAAGGAAUCAAAUGCAGAGGAUAUUCUUUGCAAGAUUAAAGACGGGCACGAAUUGCCGAAAAUUCCGAGUGAGAUAUCUAAGGAGGCAAGAAAUUUUCUUAAGGGUUGCUUUGUGAGGAAACCAAUGUUUAGAUUGACUGCAGAAAUGUUGUUGAAUCAUCCGUUUUUAGAAGGUUUGGACGAGGAUGAGGACGAGGCUGAAGAAUUUGAGGAGGUCGAAGAUUUGAAUGAGAUUGAAUCUAUUUUGUUAGUGUAUGAAAGUGAGGAUGAAUUAAGUAGUAGCUCAUUUCAAGAUUAUCGCAGCUUUGAUUCUGGGGAGCAUUUCUUCGAUUAUUUGUCUGAAGAAGAUGUGGAGGAUGAAAUCGUAUCCCAUUUUGACGAAGGAAAAUCGAAAGAGGAGGAAACCGAGGGCGUCGCUAGCUCCAUCAUUGAUCCGGGAUUUGAUCAACCAAUCAAACCAUCAAUAUCAUCAAGAACUGAGCGACGAUAUCCAGUUUCUCAUACGAUUCCUGCAGGUGUCUAG